CUUAGUAGAGGAGUCGCCAUGAUUCUCCCGCUCCAGACAGACGCAGGUUAAGAUCCUCCCUGGUAAGCCAGCUCGUGGGCUACACAGAAUAUUAGAAAUGGGUUAGAACAAUAUGAAAGAGCUAGCCAAUAAGAAACUGGAACUAGCCGGGCCAGGCAGUGUUUAAUAGAAUACAGUUUCCGUGUAAUUAUUUCUGGGCAUAAGCUAGCCAUGUGGGCGGCCGGGGGCCGGGGACGCAGCCCUGCCGCUCCUACUUCAACAACACCAAAAUACAGCAGCUAUUUUCAAAAUAUCUGCUUCAUUGUGAUAAAUAGUAGGCUAGGUCUCAUGCAGGCCAGUCAUAUAGGCAUUAUAUAAUCACCAGACAGCCCCCAUAGGAUGGGCAGAAUCAUUGUCUCUGUUUUGGAGAAGCUGCCGAAGUGUAUCCAUAGCCAAACAGGUACUGAAUAGUGACCCGAGUGUCUCUGGAGCCUGGGUUUCUCGUCUUUUCUGGGAACCCUCUCACGGAGUUAGAUGAGAACCCACUUAAGCAUAGUGAGUCAAAGUGAGCUGCCCUCUCUGAGUUCCAAAAGCAGGUAAGCCCUCACCAGUGUGCCGUGUAGCCAGAGAAGCAGCUAAACUGUGAGUUUACAGCAGGAACAGAGCGAGAAGAUAUACAAAGGGAAAGAAAGCAUGUUCCUAUCACAGAGAGGUAGUUAAAUUCAUAUAGCCACAUUAGAAAGAUAUGACAAAGCUCACAAAAAUACAGCACUUGGUCAUGUGAAGCCUGGCGGUGGUGGCGCACACCUUUAAUCCAGCAUUCAGGAGGCACAGGCAAGGGGUUGUCUGUGAGUUACAAGCCAGCUGGUCUACAGAGCAAGUUUCAGGACAGCCAGGGCUACACAGAGAAACCCUGUCUGGAGAAAAAAAGGGUUGCACGUGAAAGAACAAUACAAAGGCCCCUGUCCCUCCUGGAAAACCCUGACAUUGUACAGCACAGUGGCUUGGCUGCGCUCCGAAUCCUGCUGCAUCUGCUCAUGCUGCCUUCUCCACUAUGCCGAGAUGAUUCGUGGGGUGUCCACGGGCACUCAACCCACCCUGGCCAAGAUGCAGGAGAUAGCUAUGAGAGGAUGGUCCAGCUUGAAGAGAAAGAAACCAGGAAGUUCUCUCAGGUGGUGUCCUGUGCAAAGUCCUUCACAGAGGUCACUGAUUGCCCAUUCCAGUUUGUGCACCCACCACCAGUCCACCAGAGCUGCGCCAUCCAUCGAGAACACUGGCAUUAGGAUUUUAGUCUUUACAUCUCUCGUUGCAAACCCUGUGAUGACUACGGAGGUGAAAACCCAGGUGGCUGAGCAACCACUAGUGAGUCCAAAGGCAGAGCCUGAGCCCGAGAAGAAACCAGAGCACUUUCCGAAGAGCCACGGGGAUGUGGGAUUCCAGAAAGAGCCUGUGGUCCCAGGCAUUGUGGAUUUCGAGUUGAUCCAAGAGGAGCUGAAGACCUCCUCUAAGCCCCAAACACCAAGUGCCUAUCGCUUCGGACGCCUCAGCCACCACUCCUUCUUCUCCCGGCACCACCCCCAGCCACAGCAUGUGACACACAUCCAAGAUCUCACCGGGAAGCCUGUGUGCGUGGUCAGGGACGAGUUCUCUUUGGCACCCGUGACUCAGUCGGCGCUCUUAUCCAGCUCUCUGAUGGGGAUGCCCACCAUCUCAGUCCCCAUUGGGGACCCACAGUCCAACCGGAACCCCCAGCUUCCUCCUGACCUCUGGAAGAAAAAUCUAAAGGACCUAGCUUCCCAAGUGGCUGUCUUCACUAAGGAAAACGAGUCAAGGACUAACGAGGCUGGUGCUGAACCAAAGAGCGAGCCUGGAAAGAAAGCCUUGCCAAAGGAAGAGCCUCCUGUGAGGGAGCAGGGGGCAAAGUACUCAGCCGAGACUGGUAGGCUUAUCCCGGCUUCCAGCCAAGCUCUCAGCCGCCGCAAUCGCCAGGGCCAGCGGGGCCACCCUUCUGCCAGAGACGGAGGAGCCCAAGCCUCCCUUCUGGAGGACCAGGAGCUGCUGGGCAGCCACAUCGCACCUGGAGUUAGGUUCUCAGGUCCCAUGGGGAGGGGGCCCAGGGCAGAUCUUGGAGCUUCUUUGUCAGAUUCUACAGACGGAUUCUUUAAGUGCCAUCCAAUUCUGGCUGCUCUAUGCACCACCAAAGGAAAAAGACUUGGCGCUGGGACUUCUGCAGACGGCGGUGGCUCAGCUCAUCCCCCAGCCCCUCCCAACCCUCCCAGAGGAGAAGCUCUUGAACCAACUCCAAGAGCUUCAAGAACCUCCUCAAGAGAUACAACAGGCAACCUACAGUCCAUCCCUGAAGAAGAUGAAGACGCCACCUCUAUCCAAGACGGAGAAACCAGAGUUGAUGGGCAAAGCCCAAGUCCUCCGCGUGCAUCCCAGCGAGGACUCAGAGGAGAAAACGACCAAGUCAAAGGCCGAGAGCUGAGGAACACAGCCCAGAGCCCGGAGACUUCUGUCUAGCUCAAAGGCAGCUUCUAAGCUUGGGGCUGGGGGCUCCUGUCGCGCUAUGUCAACGCCAGCCCCCAGUCUCCAGCCACACUCUACUAAAUAAAAUGCAGCUUUCCCCGGAUGACGGCAGUUCUACCCUACCACAAGAUGGUUUUAGAUGAUUUUACUCCAUAAGUGUGGAGCUCCCUGCCAUGGAGAAAGCCCGGGGUACCACUCACAGUUAGCAACGAUCUUCCCACCAGUUAAUGUAAUCAAGAUAAUCUCCCACAGGCAAGCCCAGAGGCCUGUCCCGUGAGUGAUUCUAGAUCAGAGAUUCUCAACCUGUAGGUCACGACCGCUCUGGGGGGGGGGCACCUAUCAGAUAUGUACAUUAUGAUUCAUAACAGUAACAAAAUUACAGUUAUGAAAUAGAGGCAAAAAUAAAAAUAAUUAUAUGGUGCAGGGCUCACCACAACGUGAGGAAGGGUAGCUCUAGAUCCUGCCAGACUGACGACUAACAUAAACCUUCACAGUCACCAUGCCUGGCUCCAGCUUUCAGUAUUGAAGUGCCCCACUUUUAAAGCCCUUGGUCACCCUGUUGGUUUAUUAUUUCCCCCCAGUGGUAGUAUAAGUGACAGCUGUGCCCAUGGCUGCCUCUCUGGCUUUGUCGUCAUUCUGCCACUAGCUGCUUCCACAUUUACCCCCAUCCAUUUUUGGAAAAUGUGGUCAAAUAUAACAGGCAAGUUAUCAUCUUAGCCACCCAGAAGGGGUGGUGGUUUGAAUAAGAAUGGCCACCUUAGGCUCAUAUAUUUAGAUGCCCAGGGAGUGGCACUAUGUGAACGGAUUAGUAGGUGUGGGCUGUUGGACAAAGUGUGUCAAUGGGUGUGGGCUUUGAGGUUUCAAAAGUCCAUGCCGGGCUCAGUCUGCCUGUCUGUCUCUGUCUCUCUCCUCUGCCCGUGGAUCCAGAUGUAGAACUCUCAGCACUUACAUCUGUCUGCUAUGACAAUGGACUAAACCUCUGAAACUGUAACCAGCCCAAUUAAAUGCUUUCUUUUAUAAGA